UUUGAACACUUAUCUUUAAGGACUUUUGAGGGCUUUAUCAAUAGAUUCUUUACGACUUCACCCUCAGAAAAAUUAUUCAUUUAUGCAAGACAAGUCUUAAGAGAACACUGACCAUGGAUAAAACACUUCGCUAUAUUUUAUGUGUUUUGUUACUGGCAGCAUUUGCAUGUUCGGCGGAGGCGAUUCGCUGUUAUGAGUGCAACACACGCGACAACAACGGCUGCGACGACCCGUUCAGUGAUGCCAUUCAGAAAACUGGAUGCGCACAGUGCGUUAAAAUUAAAGGCAAGAAGAACAACAUACAGGGUGUACAGAGAGAUUGCUUAACUGAGCGGUUGCCUUACGACGGGUGCGAAUCGGGUACAGAAAACGGUUUCACUGGCGAUACAUGUGUCUGCGCUACAGAUCUCUGUAACACAUCCGACAGGACAGCUCAUGUAUCCAUGUUCCUAAUGGCUCUUGCAAGCUUCAUAGCAACACAGUGGCUUUAUUAACGAAUUAUGACCAUUAAAGGGACCUUUUAACGUUUUGGUAAAUUGACAAAAUUAAAAAUAGUAAUUUUGGUUCGCAAAUUUUAGUUGUAGUUUGCGAGGAAAAAGUAAUACUGAACAUUUACCAUGCUCGAAAAUAUCCAUUAUAUGCACUUUUUUAGAUUUAAAAACCUGAAAAUUAUAAAGCGUUACAAACGCGAAACGAUUGAACAUUUUGAGAGUUCUGUUGUUAUCGUUAUAUUGUGUGACACUAUCACGAUUGGCUAUAUAAAAUAUAAUAUUCAUCUCUCAUAAUAUGAGCACGGAGGGCCUAGUGUUUUAAGUGCUGGAAUUUUAGUGGUUUUGAUCUGUGGUUCGAGCCCAGUUUAAGAUUGUUUUCUUUCUUUAUUGUAUUUUUUUUCUGUACCAGAGCUAUUUAGUUCCCAUGUUUACAUUUAAAGCAUUUAAUAUCAAACCUCAAUAAAUGCCAAAAUUUGUGAAAAGGUAACUUUAAAGAGUCAUUGUUGUUUGAAAGCAAUAUUUAAAGUAAUGUGUAGAUACGCCAUUUUUCUUUUUCAAAGGCUGCCUGAUUGACGUAAUGUCCAUUUUAAAGGUAUAUAUGAUUAUACAAACUUACAAAUAAUAAAUGAGUUUACUAUAUUUAAGCCAAUUCUAUGUCCUUCAACGACUUACUGUGAGUAAAUACGUUAACCCAUUUAUGCAUAGCGUCUAGAAAAAAGGCCUUGGCAAACAGCGAAGACCAAGAUGAGACGCCGCAAUGCGGCGUCUCAUCAGGGUCUGCGCUGUUUGCUUAAAGGAAUUUCUGAGAGAAAUAUUCUAAAUAUAGAAAAACGUAUACUAGACAUCCCUACUUUUGUUAAUAAAUUGAUCCAAUUUGUAAGGUUGGGAGAGUCCACAAGGCAUACAUGGGUUAAUUUUCUUCAGACGUGUGAUAUGUGUUUGUAUUUGGCGAAACUAAAUGGUUUAGACAUUA